UGUAACAAUCACGCGAUGGUGAGAAAGAGUCUAAGUUAGGUACCUAGGGUUAGCGAAAUGACGAUAAGGAGUAGCUUUGUGGAGAUUUGGUCCGAGCAGCAUGCACGAACCCCCGUAGUUCCCGUCGUUUUGCUUCUUUUUUAAGGUCCUAGUUGCCUUAGCAGUUAACCUAGCAACCCGGGAAACCGCAAACAGAGUUCAGAUAAGAACUGCCAAAUCUUUUUCUUUUUCUUCGGCUUCUUAAAUCUUACCUUACUUACCACUGAACAAUUUUCAUCAUCAUCAUCAUCUUCGUAACUUAUCAUCGCCGACAAUGUCUUCUGCUUUCGUUCAGCGCCCGGCUCCGGCCUUCACUGCCACCACCGUCUUCCCUGGCGGCGAGUUCAAGGACAUUUCCUUGUCGGAUUACCUUGGUCAAUGGGUCGUCCUUCUCUUCUACCCUCUUGAUUUCACAUUCGUCUGCCCGACCGAGAUCAUCCAGUACAACGAUGCCCUGCCGCGCUUCCGUGACAUCAACACUACCGUCCUCGGUGUAUCAACCGACUCUCACUUCUCCCAUCUGGCCUGGACUGAGAGACCUCGCAAGCAGGGUGGUCUGGGCUCGGACCUGCAGCUGCCUCUGGUGGCAGACAAGUCGCACAAGAUCUCUCGCAGCUAUGGCGUCCUGAUUGAGGACGAGGGCGUCGCCCUACGCGGCCUCUUCAUCAUCGACCCCAAGGGUAUUCUACGACAGAUCACCGUCAAUGAUCUCCCCGUCGGACGCAACGUCGAAGAGACAAUUCGACUUGUUCAGGCGUUCCAGUUCACCGACGAGCACGGUGAGGUCUGCCCGGCAGGCUGGCAGAAUGGCAGCAAGGGAAUGAAAGCCGACCCCAAGGGUAGUCUGGAGUACUUUGCUUCGGCUGAGAAUGGUCAUGCCAAUGGAAAUGGCGAGUCUAAGAAGCGAGCCAGAGUGGACUAGACCAGGAUGGCCGCUUGUGGAGAAAUUGGAGAAGCAGAGACCACUGACGCUUCUAGCAAUGCCUUAAUACCCGACAGGAGUAAUUAGACCGUGCGUUCUAUCCUUCAGGGGAGCGUAAGCUCUUUCAUGAAGCACAUAAUAGCAAAUCUCAUCAUAUUCCAAUCUUAAGUGUCGUCAUGGUGCGUGCUAUACCAGUCAGGUAUGUACCUUUUAUUUGGAGAUUCGACAUCUCCAACUUGAGUGUGGUUGGAGAAUUGACAGUGGUAUAUUGCAGUUGGAGUCAUUCAAACCAACCCCAGCUUUCACCGUACCAUACUUCCGAAGCCAUGUUAUAUACCGAUUUUCUCGUAUAUGUAGAUGAUCAUUCGACAUCUCUAUAUCAAUAUUGCUGAGCUAUGCCCGGUUUCUUGCUGCGUUAUAUAAGAGCUAUGCAGUGGUGGAUUCUGGCGGAUAAAACCUCUGAUCAUUAAAC